AUGUAUCUUUCACAGGAGCCCUGCGCGCGGAUCCACGCUCGAGGCUUCCAUGAUCCGAUCCCUGCCAAGGACGUCACCGACUCAGACAUGGUCGCUGGCUGUGGCUUUGAUUCGUACUCUGUUGCCGACAUACCUUGGUGUGGUAAGGAAAAUGGCUUGCAAAUUGUCCCCGCUACGGAGAGUCGAUACCCGGAACUUGAUUUUCCCGAGACGUAUACGCAGGCAUGGAGUGACAUUAAUUGGGGUGGGAUACCCCCAUCUAUCGUUCUCCCGCCGAGUGAACCCUUCCAGAAUCCAUCUUCAGUGUCUGUCAACGGAAGGGAUCCAAAUUCGGCGACGGCCACUGGCCUAGGACCUAGUGAUAAAGCGACUGAGGAACUGAAAGCUCAGGCAAGAUUGGAGCGCCGUCGUGCCCAAAAUCGUGUAUCGCAACAGGCAUUCCGUGCUCGCAAAGAAAGCCACAUCAAGGCGCUUGAACACGGCCUUGGGGCAAUGAAGAUCGAACACGAUACUUUGCUCAAGAAGCAUGCGCGCAGACGGGCCGAGAUCGAUCGACUGAAGACGAGAGUUGCAGAACUUGGUCUUGAGAUCGAUCUCUUGUUGGGCACUCAAAGAUAUGUUGAAGCUACAGCAAACUUGAGUCUGGAUUGUGUCGGGAACGACGUUUAA